AUGGUUGUCAAUUGGCUAAGAAGGUUGGCGAUUUUGAUCUCAUUUUCUCUAGUUCUAGACGCAAAGUCAUACAAUGUGUUCGGUUUUAGUGUAAAUGAGUUGGGGCAAUCGUUAAAUAUAACUCAAUUCUUGGUCGAUCAUUCUGAGGGUAUAUGUGCCACUUUUAUCCGUGUCCAUGGUUAUCAAUGCGGAGAAUUCGAGGUUACAACAAAUGAUGGGUACAUAUUGAGCUUGCAAAGAAUGAAAAAAGAAGACAUCGCCAUUCGCCAAAAACAACCGAUUUUGUUACAACAUGGUCUUGUCGUGGAUGGGACUUCGUGGUUGCUCAAUGCUCCCGAUGAGAACUUGCCUAUGAUCUUGGCAGAUAGUGGAUUCGAUGUAUGGAUUAGCAACACUCGAGGAACCCAAUUCAGUCAAAAACAUGUCUCACUCAAUGUUCGAGACAAGGAAUAUUGGAACUGGUCUUGGGAGGAACUAGCAUCAUAUGACUUGCCCGCAGUAGUUGAUUUCAUCUUCGGUCAAACCGGGAAAAAAUUGAAUUAUAUUGGCCACUCGCAAGGAACCCUAACGCUUAUGACACAACUCUCGGAGAGGAGACUAUUAGACAAGCUGAAAUCCGCUGUGUUGCUAAGCCCGAUUGCUCGCUUGAGCUACAUGAAAACCGCGCUUGUUAAUUUCGCAGCCCGAACUUAUCUCGAUGAGUUGGUUAAGCAACUGGGAUUUGGCGAGAUCGAUCCAAAAGGAAUUCCAGUAUAUAACAUGAUUAAAUUGUUAUGUGAUCAACCUGGUAUUGAUUGCUAUGAUUUGGUAGCUGCAUUCACAGGUAAGAAUUGUUGUUUAAAUUCCUCAACGGUUGAUCAAGUCCUCAAGUAUGAGCUUCAACCCACAUCAAGCAAGAACUUAGUGCACUUUGCUCAAAUUGUUCGAGAUGGUGUUGUCGCAAAAUACGACUACAUGAAUUUGUUACAAAAUAUUGCGGUUUAUGGCCAGCCGAAACCCCCUGUAUACGAUCUGUCCAAUAUUCCAAAUGAUUUUCCUCUCUUUCUCAGCUACGGAGGCGAAGAUGCGUUAUCUGAUGUUACAGAUGUAAAAACGUUACUCAGUAUACUCGGUUCACAUGAUGUCGACAAAAUUACAGUUCAGUUUGUAGAAGAAUAUGCGCAUGUUGACUUUAUUUGGGGGCUUUCCGCAAAGAAUGUUGUGUACAACAAAAUUGUAACAUUUUUUAAGGGGGACUUAGAACACAACAGGUCGCUAUAUCUGGAGAAGAAGAAAGCUACGGGAAAGAAGAACAAAGACAAGAAUAUCGAUAUUUCUUAUAACGUAUAUGGGUUCACACUAGCCUUACAAGUGUGGACCUAUGAGGUUAUCAAAACGUUUGUCCCCAAACUUGUAAGGAAUACGAUGCUUCAAGCACAUGAGCCUGUUUGCCCAUGCCCAAGGAUAAUACAGUACAAAUCUAAUAGGAAGAGCACCGCCUUUGAUCUUCACACUGCCCUGCAAGGAAAUAUUGUCAAGAAGAUGGAAUUGUCUGAAGAGGAGAAGAUCUUAUAUGUUGGGGAGUAA